GGAGUAGUGUCUAUUGUGUCAUGACUUCGAUCCAGCAGAGUACAGGGGGCUUAGCCCGGGAGAAUGUUGCCUUUCCUACGUAGCCAAAGUAACGUGAACAGAAGGCAAUAUUAUACAUUAUCCAGGAUUUGCUACAAGACUCCAGAAAUCUUUCUAUACUUCAGUACUGAUCAUACCGAAUGGCAGCACGCCUAGACUUGUAAGCUCACCGUUUUCUAAGAGAGUUUAAUAAAAUCUGCCUCGUCUCGUCGCUCUUCAGAAAGUUGGUUGUACCAGGUUGUUUGGGUUGAAGCUUCACACAUACACUAAAACUGACACUGAUGACAAAUUAUCAACCAUUUAUCGUAUUAAUAAGUGAAAAAGACUAGACAACAGGUGCCGCCACCAACUUAAGUUGGCCUUUCGUAUUCGUUAUCUUCUCUUAACGACUGAUAAGAAUCACGCGGGCUUCUUUCUUCCAGUAUCGAUCAAAGAUGUUGCCCGCUGAUGGUUCACAUAACAAGAACAGGCAAGGUAUACUACGAUUACCAGUUUACCAUGGUGAUUAGAUAACGAGUUCACUCUACUAGAAGAGCCUAAGAAACUAACUUCACUUGUGAAGAUCAUCUCAGAUUCAGGUUGACAAUGGACCUUUCCACUAUCAUCGUUGCUUCAGUGCUAGGAACAAUGGCGGCACUAGUAUCGAUGAUUAUGACGUUAUUCCUGUGUUACCUCUACUGGAAAAAACUCGGACACAAAAAGACGGCAAGAGAUGAACUUGAACCACUACAAUUUGGAAAGGCGCCACCACCUGUUGGACAAAAUGAAGAGGUCAAAGAGCUUACACGACAUAACGUGGAGGACCGUUGUUCACAAGGGCAUCUGAGGUUAAUCCCGUCCCUAGCAUCUCAAUCUAUAUCCAUAUCGGAAAACGGUAAAGAGAAUAGUGGCGCCACCAUGCAGGGACCAAUUUCAUUUCUUCAGUAUCUUUUACCAACAGUUGAGCAGCAGGAAGAAGCUGCUGAUUUAGCUAAUGCCAUGACUGAACCAGAUGAACCAGCUGGACAGAUACACUUUAGUUUGGAGUAUAACUUUCCUAAUUCUACGUUAAUACUGAAGAUUAUACAAGCUAGCAACCUACCUGCGAAGGAUAUUAUAGGAACCAGCGACCCCUAUGUGAAAGUGUUUCUACUCCCAGACAAGAAACACAAGCUGGAGACGAAAGUCAAACACAGAACUUUAAAUCCUAGAUGGAAUGAAACUUUUUAUUUCGAAGGUUUUCCACUCUAUAAGCUCCAAAAGUCCAUUCUCUAUCUCCAAGUGUUCGACUAUGAUCGCUUCAGCCGGGACGAUGCUAUCGGUGAUGUAUAUUUACCCCUAAGUCAGGUCGAUCUCACCCAGAAGCCAACAUUCUGGAAAUCCAUCAAACCGGCUGAAGAUUCGAAGUUAGGGGAGAUCCUGGUGACGCUACUGUACAUCCCCAGAACCAGUGAACUGACAAUUACCCUCAUCAAAGCUAGAAACUUGAAAUCGAAGGACAUUAACGGAUCUUCAGAUCCAUACGUUAAGGUGUGGCUUCAUCGUGGAGACAAAAGAAUGGAGAAAAAAAAGACACAAGUCCACAGGCGAACCUUAAAUCCGGUGUUUAACAACACUUUCCAGUUCAUUGUUCCCUGGGAACACAUUCGGGAAACGUACCUAUCAGUAGCCGUCAUGGACUUUGACACAGUUGGGCGGAAUGAAUUGAUAGGGAAGGUGAUCCUGUCUUCUCGGAGUGGGCCCACAGAGUCCAAACACUGGUGUGACAUGCUGACUAAAGCCAGGACAGCUGUAUCUCAGUGGCAUAGGUUGAAAACAUUGUGAAGGUUGGCAUGCCCGAUAUUAGGACAUAGAUUAAUUGUUCUGUCUUCGGACAUUCCAGGGACCUGGUUUCUCACGGAAAACAAAGACAUGCUAUUAUCCAUGGAACAGACUCUGGAUAUUGGUGUUCAUGUUGUAGAAUAUUCGUUACUUAUGUGAAAUAUUUAAAGUUGGACGUGUGGCUGGACUGUUUUGUGUCUUUACUGUCCAUUGUACUAGAAUGUAUCUGAAUAUAAAAAACAUAGACGAAGACCCCAGUAUUAUAAAACAUACCUGUAAUAGCAUCCGAGUUACAAUUAUAGGGCUUUCAUGUUUAUAUUUAUCUAGUUUUUGGGUGUUUUAUUCGAUUUUAGAAAACUUAUCUUAAUUUAGAAGAAUCAUUUUGUAUUUUCGGUUUGUAUUUGUGAAUAUUUCAAGCGAAACGGAAACAUUUCCAAAAGUGAAUUAUGAAGUUUAAUUUUGUAUUAAGUGUUUUUCUAUUCUUUUCAUCAAUAACCAGAAACAACAACAACAACAAAAAGAAGUAAGAACUUAUUUACUAUAAACGUAAACUUAGUUGUUUAUGGAUAUCCACUUUCAAACUGUGAAUAAUAAAAUAAACGCGUCUUCGAAAUUCAUGAAUCUUUCAAGAUCUCGCUGGAAAAAAUAAUUUUCUCGUUGUGGGUGUAACAUAAGAUUUUCAGAACUGAGAUUUUCAUAACAAAGUAUAUUUGAUGAAUGUGCUUAUUUUUAUUGUAGUUGUGAAAGCUGAAGUGUGAGAAUGUAUUCAUUUCCUAUCCAUACAAAAUAACUCUGUUGUAAAGUAGUAUAAUUAACACUUUUCAAACAUUUUAGUUGAAGUCAUAUAAACAACUACUGUUACUUGGUUAAAUGAAAUAACCCAAGGAGAAAGCCAUACUAACGUAAUUACUUGGUAUCGCAGAGUUCUUCCCUUAACGUAACUUUGCACAUCUCUAAAUACUUCCUUUAAAGUAACCUGAUAUCUUUGCGCAUCUCUAAAUACUUCCUUUAAAGUAACCUGAUAUCUUUGCACAUCUCUAAAUACUU